AUGGCCCAGGGGAAGCUGGAUUACAGUUAUGUGGAGCGGUUUGAGCGUGGGUCCAUCCCGGAGGAGGUAGAGGACGAGCUGCUGGGCGAGUAUGCCAAAUUCAGUCUUGAUGGGGACAUGGUGUGGUCCGAUCUGGCCCCCUUCUUUGAGGACUUGCAGUUGCCGGCCGCGCUGUGCAGGCUUGUGCGGCGGGACGAUGUUGUGUUGGAGGGCACUGUGGAUGUGAUAGACUUCUCCAAGAUUAUACGGCUCACGUACCACCUGCUUGUAUUCAUGGACAACGAGAGCGUGAUCAACGAGUUUUGGUCACUGCUCGUGGGUUACUCCGGGAGAGACGUGCAGUUCCCGCACGUCGAAUUGCAGAACCAUAUACUGAGCGUCAAGGAUCUUCAGAAAGUGGGGAAUCUCGUCAACGAGGAUUCCGGUAAUAUAAUAGGCAUGCUGAGUUGUGCCACUAGGGGGACAAGAGUGUACAUGACGUACCUCGAUUUUGCAAACGUUCUGGGGAAGCUGGGCUACCUCAGGUUUUAG